UAUUCUUAUUUUGCAAAAUUUAAUCUGUAAUGAUUUUUUGAAAAAAUAAUAAAAUGAAGGGUUUUUCAGAUGAAAGAAGACCAUGAGAAUGGUACCGGUUGCGGCGAUAGGGUGGUUAACGGUGGUUGGUGCCGCAUCUCGCCUUUCAUUCCUGCAGAUUUCUUCUUCUCCGUCGACAUCACUCCCAGCAUUCCUCUGAAUGAGUGAAGCAGUGAAUUAUCAGACCAUUUCUUCAAAGGAUCUUGCCAUGUUGGUGCUGGCUGAAGGAGGCUGGGUAAACUUACUGGUACUAUGCUCUCCUUCAUGCUAAAAGCUUGCUGCAAUUUUUCGUAGUAUUAUAUGAUCAGAAAAGAAAGUUCAGCAAUCUUUGGAUCUGGCAAUUGUUUUUGUUGGCAGAGGGGACUGAUCUGUUGAACAUGCUGCCGAGGCUUUUAUCUUACGGUGUUCAUAUUCUAAUUUUAUUUUUGGUAUGUGUAACUAGCUGCUUUCCACACUGCAAGCAAAAAUGCAGAUCCAGCUCUUGUGAACUUUCUCAAGGUCCUUUUACAAAGUCCAAUUUUUCCAUUGCAUUUCCGUAUGUUGCUGCAUCAGAGGAGGCAAUGGAGAAUUCAUUGGUUUCUGGGGUUGCUGAAGCUUGUGGACAGGAUUUAGGAAUCAGUAAUGUUUCCUUUUCAGAGUCAUGCCCUAUAGAAGGUGAAAGCUUUCAAAAGCUUGCAAAACUGCACGCUGUUAAUGGCUACCUGGCUUCAAUGAUGGAGAAGAGACUAAGUGGGCAACCUAACCUGGUUGUAUUCUGUCAUGGAAUUGGGUUGAUGAAAGAACCUGACCAACCACUAAGUGAAAUUGAAAUGUUCUGUGAGCUUAUCAAUUCUGUGGAGAUGUUGGUGGGGAAAUAUGCAGUUCUCUAUGUUUCAGAUCCUUUCCGAUCAAUCCAGCUUCCUUAUCAUCAAGAGAUAGAAAGGUUUCUUGCUGAAGGUGCUGGAGGAAAUGCAUCACUGAAUUCCACCCACUGUGAUGAAGUUUGUCAGAUUAAAUCAUCGCUUCUGGAAGGAGUUUUAGCUGGCAUGGUCAUUGGAGAUGGCCUGAUUAUGAAUGGUAAAUUUCUAGCGGUCAGCAGGAGUGUUUUCAUUUCUGCAUCUCAUGUCUUUGAAGAAGCAAAGAUUUUUCUUUGUUUAGUAAAUUAUCAGAAAACACCCAUGGGCACCCGGUUCUCAAGUACACAAGUCAUGUACAAGAGUAACACUAUCCUGAACUUGAAGGAACAAAAGAGCAACAAAAACUGAACGGCAAAUAUAAUUUGCCUCCGCAGUAUCUUUUUUCACCCCACAAUAAUACUGUUGUAGCUGUAAAGAGGUAUUAUAGAAAAAUUAUUAAUAUUUCUUGGACGGCUAGGAUUUCUUGGGUUGCUAGGAUUCCUUGAAUGGUUUAGGGUAUACUAUAAAUAAAUAUUAUGUAACCCUAUUUCAAUAUAGUGAAAAUAAAAGCUCCUUGCUCCUGUGAAUGUAGGCAUAUUACCGAACCA